AAGCCAUGCAUCCCAUUUGCACGUCGACAAAACGAUUGCGAUUUGUUCUUUUCACCUCAUUUUAAUUUCCCUUUUCUGUUGGCCUCGUUCUCGAUUUUUCGCUCGAACUCCGAUAGUGAGAUUGGAUUUUUAUUUAUCUUAUUGUGUUUGUUCUUCCGUUUCGAUUGGAAUAAUGCUCGUGUGACGUUCGCACUUCGAGAUGGUUGAUUUGAUGUUUAUUGGGCCAAAAAAUGUAUUUCGUAUUGUGGAGAAUUCAUUGGAGGGAAUGAGUCUAUUAGUCCAGAGAAUAUGGAGAUGAAUAAAGGAAGUUCCCAUUCGAAAGAGAAACCUUCUAUGGGUCGUUCUUCGUUUUCCAGUGAAGUGAAGAAGCCUUCAGAGAAGGAUUUAAGCUCCUCCACGUUUGUUAAUCAGGCUGCAAUUCAUUGGCACGAGAGUAGAAAGAAAUGGAUCGAUAAACAAUUUCUACAACAAAGAAUGGAGAAGGAAUCAAUGAUAAGCUGGUCAACAGCAUAUGAAGAUCUGCUUUCCUCUAACGAGCCCUUCAGUGAGCCUAUACCUCUCCCGGAGAUGGUAGAUUUCUUGGUUGAUAUUUGGCACGACGAAGGGCUUUUCGAUUAGCGGUAGACAAGAUUCGAGAUCGCAGUCACCAACUCGAGCUCAUACUCAAUGACCUGCUACUACCUCCAACUACUGAUUCUAUGAAGAUUAUAAUUCUCAACAUUGUUGGCAUCCUUGUUCAAACUAACUACUAAUUCAACAUUAUUUUACUGCCAUGGCGGUAACAUUUGAUAUUUAAGUUGAAGUUUGAGAGUCA